GCAUUCCCCAUGAACUCCUAGACUUCCCCGCGUUCCCGAAUCUUCGGGUAUUUUCUCUCGACAUAGCCUACUAUGCCUGUGAAACCUUCCCUCACCUCAACGUUCUACCAAUCCUGCUCUAUCAAUUGCGAAAAAUUACCUCCGAUAGCAAUCUCGAGGAGUUCAGAUUGCUCGCGGACUACAGCCCGCCUCCUACCGAUAUACAUGGUGUCGAUGAUGACUGGCUCAACCGUUUUUGCCGCCUUCCGUUUUGGCACGAGUUGGAUUCAAUCUUAACGCAUCCUCGGUUCUCGAAGUUAAGAAGGGUGGAUGUUUCAUUCAAAAGGAAUGACGGAACGGAGUCGAUGUCGUCGGAGUCUGACCUGCAUAUGUCUGAUGAACCUGACCCACAGGUGGAUCGUGGUUCUGACCUCCAAGUGGAUGUCGAACCCGAAUGUGACCUUGAACCAGAGCUUCACGAUUUACGAAAGCAGAUACCUGGGUUGGUUAACAAGAAAAUCGUCUUCUUUGACUUUAUGGACGAGUAAACAUUAUGAUUUUACAAGUGACUACAGCGGAUCAUAUAUAUCAUUGAUUCAUGG